UAAAUUAGAUUAGAUAGUUGUUAGCAAGCAGAUCUGUCAGUGCUUUUUUGAUGUGACUAUACGCCGGCCUGCUGUUCCCGCCAGAAUAAGGUGGGAUUGUGCAUUUCAUUGUGCUUCUUUGUAUUUUAUGUUUCUAAACCCCACCAUUUAGACCAGUGCAUGUUUAUGAAUGUUCCAGUAGAACAGACCAUACACAUAUACAUACUUGACUUUACAAUGUGGUUUAAUGUAAUUUUUCAAAGACAGCUCUGCGGAUGUAUCACACAAGUGAAGUCCAAUUUACCAGAGAUGGUGUGUACAGACUUGAUGUGAAUACCAUGUUUGAGACUUGUGCAGUAACCACAGGGUAGAAAAGCCCCAUGUGCACUUGCUUCUUGCUAAGCUGAGAAUGUAGGCCUGGUCGGGCAUAAUACCAAGCUAGGUUAGGUGCUACAAGCCAGGAAAAACAGUAGUUCUGUAUUUAUAGAUAAUCUGCGUUUUCAUAAGUAAUCUGUACUUGCUAUCUAAAUUCCGGAGCAAAGAAUGAAAAUGUUAGAAAUUGACUUGAUUCUCAUGUAUAGCAAGACAAAAACUCAUAGUCCAUUGGCAGGGCAAAGUGGCUGUAAAUUACUAUCAUUUAAACCCAUCUUGUGGGAAUUUAACUGUGCCAAAGCAGAGUGAGAUGGCUUCAUCGAAGAUAAGCAUGAGACCUCACAUGAUUGCCUACAUCAGAGGACAGUCCCUGUGUCUACAUGCAGCUCAGUAAAAACAUGAGGUUGGAGCUAUAGUUCCAGAAAGUUACUAAAAUUACUAUUUCCAGCCCAGUGACCGGCUUUCUCAAGAAAAUGUUUGUAUGUAGAAGCUGAACAGAUUUUAGCUCAAAUGCUCCAUUGGGAGUGUGAAUUUGGGGAUGAAAUGAAAGCACUCUGCCUGCUGCGUAAAUCCAGCAACUCAGAGACGGAUGCUAAAGUUGCAUCGGCUAGCAACAGCUGCCAGUGACAUCGGGGAGGCAAUCUCUUGUACAGCGAGGGGCAAGCCAUAUAAGUCUUGCAGAUAUAAGUGGACACUUUGCACUACACCCAGAGCACACAGGAAAUGAGCAGAAAUUGCGGCGGCGGUCUUGGCAGGCCGCACCUCUGGCCUGUCUCGUAGAGCAGCGGGGCUGCAUCAGCGGAAUAUCCCAAGGAACUUUUCUUGGUGACGCUUUCUGUUAACUAGCCGGGAGGACACCAGGCAGGGAGAUGAAAUUCUGCUGUUUUGCCUCUUGCUUUUGCUGUGCAGCUCUAGAUGCAUCUCAGCAGCGAGGUUCGAGCUUUAAAUGAAAAGGAUUUUUACCAAAAAGUGCCUCUUCUCUCUAAAAAAAAACCCUCAAUUUUCUUCAUAAAAUGUUGGCACUGUGCUUCUAUAGCUUUAAUUAAGAAACUGUUGAAUGUUUCUGAAUGCACCAUUCAAGUGAUUAAUUUGAUUUGGCAUUGGCCAUACAAUGAAAAAUAGUAGGAUUUUUAAUAAUGCUUUUGAUUAUGGUUAGAAAAGAAAUAAAAGAAGUAACUGUGAAACUUGCCUUUUCAUACUUUUUCGAAGUCUUACUGUGACAUUUCAGGCAUCACGUUACACAGGUUAACAUUGUUUCCAAAUUAGGUUCUUGAUUUUGACUAACAGUGUGUGGUUUUAUUAAAUCAGCAGUUUUCAAAUGUUUCCAUGCUAUGAGCACAGUUUAAAAAAUGUCUUGGGAUAAUCCCAGUGUAGUAAUUAAGAGAGGUAGUUGUCUGUAGCUGCCUCGAGCCCACUAUUAAAGCAUUACUGCUUUGAAGUACUUAAUAGGAUCACACAAAUACAACAAAGCGAUGUAAUAACAAAAUUUGUGGGUUGUAGCCUACCAUUAGCUCUUCUCCACGAAACCAAAUCGUUUCAUAAGCGCUUCGCCAAAUUUAGUUGUGCUUCAAUUCUUAUGUCAGUGGAGAACUGGAAAACCUCCCUAAUCCACCAAAAGCGUCAGUCUGCACUGGAAGGGGAGACAUUUGGGGCCAGCAAAACCUCUGUAAUACAGCAAUGAGUGUGAACACUGGAAGUCACGAGUACAAAACAUUGGUGUAUCGGGUCUAAAAUGAGCAGCUGUCAAAGUAGCAGGGAGCAGCAGUCCCAGUGGUCACGUUCUGCUGGAGGCUGUGCUGGCAGAUUGCCAUCGCUGCUGGGGUGGCAACUGGAGGGCAGCUGGCAACACGCUCUGACCACUCACUGCCUGCGUGUGUUCCUCGCAGAGCGGCUAUGGGGGUAUUUGCUUGUUCCUGGCCUUGCUCCUGGCUGUGCCCUCUGUUUUGUGCAGAUUCUUCGAUCUUUCCCACCCUGGACAAUCACUUGCUGCUGACUCUGUGUCGUAUUUCUUUUGCACAAGGAAUUGCAUUUGGUUACAGAACCAAAAAGGAGUGUAAAUUCCUACAGGAUGUUGCGGGUGCUGAACUUGGCAUGCUUUGUCUUUACCUGAUGAAAUGUCUGAACUCACUGGAAACCACAAGAGGAUUCUGCUAUGGUUUGGGGGUUUCCCCAAUGGGGGGCCUUGGUGACCUGUCACAUAGGAAAGACCCAGCAUGUGCCAGAAAGGGAACUAACACCUGUCCUGGCAGAGGAUGGCACGAAGGGCUAUGGUUAUGUACCAUGCACGAUGCCGCUUGUCACACACAAGUGUGAGUGUGGAGUACCGGUCUCCAUUACUGACACUCCUGGUUUGAGGCUUUUGUACCAUCUGGUGAUAUCUCUUUUCCACGUGAGUGACAGGGAGGCGCUUUGGAAGGUUAUCCUGCCUUAUGUCAACAUACAGACGAGAUGGGCUCUCCUAAUAUAAAAGUGUGGGAUCAAGACCCCUACAUAGUUAGGAAUCUGUUUUGGUCAUCUCCUGUGCACACAGUCAUUGAAAGAAAAUCUCUCACUCUAGCGAGAAAGCUGUUCCUUCCUUUUGCUGAUAGGCAUGCAGGUGGACACAGUCUGCAGCUUGCCUUCUUUUAUUUUUUUCCCCAUUAAAUGACUGUUCUUAAAAGCUGGUAAAGUCUUUAGAGUUCCAAGUUAUUGAAUUAAUGACAUACUGAAUUAUCUAUUAACUUCCUCUCAUCAUCUGUGUGCUGUGUUUUUUUCAUUACAAAAAUAUAUUAUAAAAUAUCUGUCUUUAAAGUCUCUCAUGUAAUUUCUUUUGUUUCCAUCAAUUUAAAUGCAGGAUUUUAAAUUCAUGUAUCUUUCAGUGGAGUUUUAAUUCUGGAUGAAAAGCCGUUGGGUGAAAUAUCUCUGAGUUUGAAUCAGGUCCACCAGGAUUCAAAAAUACAGCAUGGGAAAUGUUCUCAUAAUGUUAAACCGUAGCUCUCCUAAAAUAUCUCCCUUUUCAUAUACAUGUUCAUUUUAAUGCAAAAUAUGUAAAAAACAAGAAAAUCAAGGAAAUCUUUAAAUGCUUCCCUCUGAAAAACAGGAACUCUGCAUUAAGAUUUACUGUGGCGUGGGGAUUUGUAUGGUCUUCAAGCCAGCUGAAAGCCAAAUAGAUGUCAGCUUUAAGUACCUGAAAUGGCUUCUCAAAAUACUGGAGUGAAGAAUGAGUGAGAAGGAUUUGUAUAUUACUUUUGGUGGUAAAGAGUAGGGGCUUUUCUCCUCUUAACCUAUUCCGUGUGACCCAGUCCUGUCUGCAGUAUUAUAUGUUUUAUACAAAAGCAACAAAAAAUUAAGGUUAUACCGGAAUUAGAGAAAAGUAAAGGAAAUCAGGCACUGAAAUACAUAUUCUGCUCUGACAUAUGGUUGGUGUAAGAUAAAAAUCAAUGUAAAAUCUGAACUACCAGGUGUAAUUUGUGAUUAUUCCAGAAAAAAAAAAAAAAUGACAGCAUGUUCAUUUGAAAUUGAGCAUUAGUCAUAACUAUGUAUAGGAUGUAUGCAAUUUGAUGUAGGCAAGUAGGCAUGCCCCUUCAUGGUGUUUAAUCUGAUUUACUAUGAUUAGGGAACUAUAGGGAGACUACGUAGUGAGAAAAAAUAUGUUAUUCCCUGUCCUGUAAAUACAUAUUAACUCUUAUUUUAUCCUUGUGCCGGGCACAGUGCUUGAAUACCGAAUUGUGGAAUACAUUGUGGAAGGCAACUCCUUUCUUAAUUUAUAGAACCAAUCAAAAGGAUAAAGACCUUAAAUCCACAAAUGCAGGAAAUGUUAUGAUAAUUGUAUGUUUUGUACCGCACUUUCUACUUGUGAGCUGGUUGAAAUUAUUUCCAAGCAAGCCCUCCAGAUUUUUAACAUUUUAAUAUACAUGUGUGCACACAAAAUUUAAAAGUGAAUUUUAAAAGAUGGCAGUUUCCCUCUGGCUGAAAUACAGACUAUGAUUUUAAACAGUCUAAUAUAUACAGAGAUAAGGAAAAGCUUUUUGUUGCUGGCAAUUCAAAGAGGAAAAGCUAAAAUUGCCAGCCAGUUUCUCAGUGUUAUAAAAUAAAUAACUGACCAAAUUAUUGUUGCUUCCUUAGCUAGCUUUGCUCAUUACCUCAAGAAGUUUAGCAUUCGUCACAGCAGAACCGAAUGGUUGCAUGCAGUAAAUAUGUGUUUUUCCACCCCCCAAAAAAAAAAUCAAUAUGUUUUAGCAAGAAGUCAUUGUUGUGGAUUGUUUGAUCAACUGAAACAUCAUUAUUUAUUGCUCAAAACACCUAUACAUUCAACACAUUUUCUUCUAAUCACAAAAUAUGCAAAAAUAACCUUCCAUCAAACAUUGGAUAAUUCUGUUCUAACUAAUAUUUUCCUCCUCCUAAUUUACCUCCCACUGAAAUAAAACUUAUGCAAAUACAUAAUUUAACUAACAUGGAGAACCUCCUUCUCCUCCCCAUGAGGUUAGGGGGGGAAGAUCUGGGCUUGAGAGUCUCCUUAUUUUGUGGUAGGCAUUUUAUAAAACUUAAUAGACAACUGAAAGGAACCUUGGAGAUCUUACGAGUGAUCCAUGGCGGGCAGCAGAGAAACGAAACACCAUUUGACUCACUGAGGAUUUUAAACUGACAGCACCGUAGAGACGUGUGGGAGAAAAGGGGAUUUUAAACCCAAGUGACACUAUGAAGUCUUGAGAAGUAAAGAGAUUUGGACGGUUUAUUACCAAAUGGAAGUUAUCUAGAGAGCUUUCAAGACCACUGCAUCUCUCCAUCCCACUUCUGCUGCACAGAAACAGUGCUCUCGGCCCUGGACGUUAAUAAAAUGCUGGAUUCAGUCAAGUGUGUCCUGGUGGGAGACUCUGCAGUGGGCAAAACAUCACUCUUGGUGCGUUUCACCUCUGAGACUUUUCCAGAUGACUACAGACCCACUGUAUAUGAAAAUACCGGAGUGGACGUCUUCAUGGAUGGUGUACAGAUUAGCCUGGGUCUUUGGGACACAUCUGGCAGCGAUGCCUUCAGAGGCAUUCGCCCCCUCUCAUACCAACAGGCAGAUGUGGUAUUAAUGUGCUACUCAGUGGCAAAUCACAAUUCCUUUCUGAACCUGAGGAACAAAUGGAUCAGUGAGAUCCGCAGCCAUUUGCCACGCAUCCCCAUUUUGGUGGUGGCCACUCAGACCGAUCAGCGUGACACGGGGCCCUACCGCUCCUCCUGCAUCAGCCCGAUGGAGGGGAAGCGUCUGGCCCAGGAUGUGCGAGCCAAAGGCUAUUUGGAGUGCUCUGCCCUCAGCAACCGCGGGGUGCAGCAGGUGUUUGAGUACGCUGUGCGGACAGCAGUCAAUCAAGCCAAACGGCAGAACAGGCGGAAGCUCUUCGCCAUUAACGAGUGCAAGAUCUUCUGAGGACGGUCAGCACUGGGUUUGCCCGCGUUCAUUCUUUCCGUCUUCGCACAAAGAUACCGCAGCAGAUGGAAUGGGAGGUGAAUCAAAGGAGGACUCCUGGCAGAACCACAGUGCAGGUGCCCCGGGUGAGACAGAUGUGCACUCUCUCUGAUCUGCUCCCUGCCAACACACAUGGACACUCUCUUGGAAAACAAAAGGUGCAGGUACAUCCCCUUAUUCACAAGCCCAUGUUUGGACUUUGCUACCCUGGACUGGAGCAGGCUUAGCCUGGAGAUCUGCAGAUAAUAUCUGCAUUGAUUUUGUUGGGUUUUUUUGUUUUUUUCUCUUUCUGUUGAUGUUCCUCAGUUGUUGGUUUGUCUGCAUUUAUUUAACAACAAACUUCUGCCUGGAUCAACCCCCACCUCUUGACAUGUAUGUCCAUGUGGAGCUUUUCUUUUAAAGAACUUAGUGUAUAAAAAUCUGACCCCUGUGUAUUCUAUUUAAAAGACUCUUGUAUACGUUGUUGUAAAAGGCUGACAGUUUAUUUUUACAUUUUGAAGGUUCUUCCUUUAGCUAACCACAGAAACAAAUUGUCCUAUCCAUGUAAUAAAUGGCCUGCAGGAAAGCCCAGCACUUCUUAGACAUACCUGGGCCACUGCAUAGUAAUCAAACCCAGUAUGACCAGCAAAGGAGUGAUCAAAACUUAGUGACAUUUGACAACUGUCCUGUGGCUUUUUGAGAUGUAUUUUGUUAUCUUGCUCCUCAGCAAUGUGGCCAAAAAUGGGAUCAACCAGGAGGAAACUAGCCUGACUCUUCCUAGACCUCACCUGGUUACAACCUCCGAAAGGCUGGCUUGCAGUCAGGGAUGGUUUCAACAUAUGGUUGGGGUGGCAGAGAUUAUCCUGCACUGUCAUCACCACUGUUGUCCCUGCUCUAACUCUAGAGGCAAAAGAUUUCAGUCUUCAGGGAUGAAAGGUAUUUUUAAUGAGCACUAAAAUUUUCACAUACAUUUAGUACACUUCUUUUUGAAAUAGUGGUUUUAGUGAAAUCAGUCACCUUCUAUAGUGAAAAAUUAAGUACAUGGCAAUGUUGAAUGUGCGCAUUUAGAAUGACUAAAUAACAUUAUUAUUUGAGUUUGCGUACUAAGUGUGACUGCCUGGGUUGUAUCAAAAUAAGACUGAAACAGGCUUUGCAUCCUGGGGAGCCUGGCAAGUCUAAGAGUCAAAUGCUGAUGUACCUACUUGGGUAAAGUUACCGUCCUGCAUAGAAAGUCAGGCUAAGGAGGUGAAAACUCCAGGUGUGUAAGAGAACUCUGCUAGAAGAUAGAGUGGGGUCAACCCACAAUGCUGUACAUUCAUUGUGAAUUGUGGUGUUCCACUUCUCCUCAGGUUACCUGUCCCUUCUGCCCCACACCACCUCUCAGGACUUCCAGAUCUAUCUCAUCCCAAGGUUUCUGCUGCCCAGAGAGGAAAUCUCCUGGGGGAUUUUUUAGUGCAGCAAGACUUUUAUUCUUCCUUUCUCUGUCCUUCAGCUAGCUCAGAACUGACCUUUGAGGGGCUUAUAGUAUGGUGCCAUAAAAGAUGGCACAUAGCACAGUACGAUGUUUCUCCCUCCACGUGGGUCUGAGAGAGUGACCUGUGUCUGUUUUGGCUGAGCCCAGGCUACUGUGUUUCAACAGGAAUGAAUGCAGCAGCUUGUCUGAUUCCAAUCCAAGGUGGGACUUCAGGAGUUACCCUGCUAAGCAAAUAAGCUAUAGCUCAGAUCUUAUCUAUUUAUAGAUUGUCCCUGAAAAACUGGCUAGGUGCUCUUCUCCAUAUUCCUUUCUGCCUCUGAGCUCCUCUAUAAAGAGUAUUUCCAAAUUAAAUCAUUCCCUUCCUGUGAAUCCCAGAGAUGAUCUCACCUGUGGUGUAGGUGAGCAAGUAUUGGCAUUGCAGACGCCUUGAAUAGCAGAGGUGCACAGGACCCUUGAGUUUGUGAUUGUCCUGCCAGCUCCCAGGCUGGUGAAUAUUCACCAACCUGACUGUAAGGGAGGCUUUUGGUCAUAAAAACAUACUGGUGUCCUGUGAGGUUUACAUAUCAGCUUUAAAUCUUUACAAGCUUCUGCACCCAAGCACAUAAGACGAGGGCUCCCAUCACCGCCCAUCUUUCUUGUACUCUUCUCUUUCCUACUUUCUCUUCUGGUAUUGAUUGCAAAUCCUUUGCUCCCUGAAACACUAAAACUGACCUGUUUGUAGAAGAACCUGAAAGGUGUGAUACUUAUGCAGAGCUCCACAAGUGGGUAGGUAUUGGCAGUCCUUGGUUAAAAAGCUUUUGGCUUUUGGAAUAAAUAUGUUUCUACAUCUCCACUCUUGCAAUGCCUCUUCACUGAAAGUUUUGGGGUUUGUUACCCUAAUUUAAAAGCAGCCAUUGUUACUGUUUGAACAUUAAAGAUUACAUGUAAAAUGUCAUAUUGUGAAUCUUCAAA